AUGGCCACCGAUGAUGCGGCAAGGAAUAUCGAAGUCGAAGAAAACCAAACGAAAACCCCCGAGGACACCACGCAGGAGGGAAAGCAUCAAUCCUGCACCGACACAGAGAAGUUCCUUUCGGCCGCAGAUUGGGUCACCUUAUUAGAACGACGAGGCCAUUAUAGGCCCCUACAGCCAGGUCGAUUGAGAAACAGCUUGCUUGCUGGGGUCGGAUUUCUUGAGCUGGGAAAUGCAGGAGACUUUGCUGCCAAUGUCUGGAACGAAGUCCCGGUGAAGAAAUGGGUCGCUGUUCUGAUGGCUCUUGGAGCAACGAUGGCCCUGGUGACCUCCCUUUUCGCUUUUCGCGAUGUCGCGCUCAGCUGGCGCAAUAUACAGGUUUUGAGGCGGGAGAGAUCAUACUUGAAGCGGGAGAGAGCGCGAUGCCGUCGUGACAAGGCUAGCCUGCGGAGUGUGGACGCCAUAAUAGGCGUCAAUUUCCGUGAGAGUGGCACCGAGCUGCUGGAUCGGCUUAUCGUGGACGUGCUCUUAGGUUUCGGCGCCUUUCUGGUCAGCAUUGGAACUUAUAUGGCCAUUGGUGGCGCGAAUCCUUCCGUCUUCAAAGCCAGCAAUUUGCUGUCAGGAUACAUUGGCAAUGCUGCAGGAGCAAUCUACGGUCUUGUCAACGCCGGGUGGUCUGCCUACGUUUCGAUACGAGCACAUCGACACCGCUCGGCAGGGCUCGCCAAAUUGGACUCUGAUCUCGCCAAACGACUGUUGCGACACCGCACCCACAAAGUACAGACUCACGCAUUGGUACUUGCAGUCACAGGUCUUGCCGCCGGUGCCGGAGGUCUCAUUACCGCCACGAUGUGGUGGGGUUAUAUCAUCCUGGUCCCCUGCAUCAUCUCAAACAUCUACUGCAACUGGAUGUGGCGGCACCAAAUCGGAUAUGAACGACCCAUAGCUGGCAAGAUUGUCCAGAUCGACCAACAGUUGCUAAUCAAAGAGCUGGAAUACGUCGACCUUAUGAGCAAUUACCUGGGAAGACGGGCACGUUCAGAUCCUCCCAAAGAUGACGAGGCCGAUGAUCUCACAUCGAUCGUCUCGGUCAUCCAGUUCAUGCUAUCCAUCGAUAUUUUCGAAAGCUUCUGUGUCCGUGUCAUGCAGGAGCGGCGGUUAUCUGCAGCUCUGUUGGAAGCGUCAGAAGGAGGUUUGACAAUUUGCGAGCAGACGUUUCUGGAGCUGGACCAAAAGCAUCUGCCCCUGGUACUGGCGCUCGCGAGGACGCAUAUCAGCGAGAGAGGCCCAGUACAGUUACGAUACCGGGAGAGAUACCUGCUGGAGACUCUGGGGUGCUACUUGCGGGUACAAGAUGACACUGUUGUUAGCAAAGUCCUCGAUCCUCCUCUUCCAAAAGAACCAGUAUAA